AUGGCCGCAGCCUCCGAUAAAGCGCGCUUCUUCCUCGAGCAGUCAGUGCCGGAACUGAAAGAACUCGAAAAGAAGAAAAUCUUCACCGCAGAAGAGAUCAGCAAGAUAGCGAGACAAAGAUCCGACUUCGAGCACAAGAUCAACGCUAGAGGCUCGACUGCUACAGACUACCUGCGCUAUGCAGAAUUCGAGACCAAUGUCGACGCUCUACGGAAGAAGCGCAUGAAGCGGAUGGGAAUAAGAAGUACUUCUCACAAUGGCCAACGGCGAAUCUUCUUCGUGCUAGAUCGUGCCACCAAGAAGCACCCAUCUGACGUUGGUCUUUGGCUUCAGGCUAUCGAGUAUGCCAAAGCGCAAAAGGCCAACAAGAAGUUGCAACAGCUCUUCACGAGUGUCCUCCGACUGCAUCCCACUCGACCAGAACUAUGGAUCUAUGCUGCCCAAUUCGCCAUGGAGGAGAACGGCAACAUGACUGAGGCGAGAGGAUACAUGCAGCGAGGACUGCGCUUCAACAAGAACAAAAAAUCAUUGUGGACUCAAUAUCUGCGCUUAGAAAUGUCAUACAUUGCCAAAAUCCAAGCUCGACGAGAGAUCUUGGGAAUUGCUGCCGCAGAGGCCGAUUCGAGUGGUCGAGCACAGGAGGCGGCGCCGGCCUCAAUCACGACAGGAGACGUUGUGCCGGAAGAAGAGGGCGAUCAGGUUGACUCGAGGGCAUUGCAGGCCCUGGACAACGUUCCCGCGCAAUCGGGCGCUAUACCAAUCGCUGUCUUUGACGCUGCCAUGGAGCAAUUCGACAAUGAUGAGGAUGUAGUAGCGGAGUUAUUGAAGGCUCUGGAAGACUAUGAGCAUCUCGAGGUCCUGGGAAAGAUCGUACGCCAUAUCAGGAAUACCAUUGACGGUGGAUCGAAGAAGCCCUGGCUGGUGUGUAUCUGCGACAUUUGGCUGCCAGUAAUCGGGAUGACGCCAAAUUCAGAAGCAUUCCCGGCCGCUUUCAGAUCUGCGCUCCAGCAAUUGCGAAGUGCUCAGAAACAAUUCAAGCACUCCCUGGAGCUAUCUUAUUGGGCGAAGCGAUGGCUGCAACGUAUAGCAGAAGUCGAGGAUCUGGAUCCAGCACUGCUGACCGUCGCAACAGCAGUCUCUCAGACCCUAUAG